AUGGACACCCUACUGACGGCAGAUGUUGCCAGCAUGUCUCCCAACUUCCGCCGGAGAUCGAGCAUCUACGUCGAUGCCAUUCAUGAUCUCCCCGCCCGAGAGUCCAUGGCACCGGCCCAGCUCUACUCCACGGAAUCCGGUCGGCUCUUUCACUCCGGCCGCAUAGUCAUCGCGACCUGCGGCUUACCAGCUCGGGGCAAGACUCACAUCAGCGUCGCGUUGGCACGAUACCUGCGCUGGUUGGGCGUCAAGACCCACAUCUUUCACCUCGGCGACUAUCGACGCAGCGUCGUCGGUCCCGGCAAAGAGGUCCCGGAGGACUAUUUCCAUGUCAACGCCCAGCCGUCUUCGGUAGUGCUUCGGAACAAGAUCCUCAAGAAGUGCCGCGAGGACAUACUUCACUUUCUGCACCACGAGAACGGACAGAUCGCCAUCUAUGACGCGGUGAACCCCCUGGCGUCGGGCCGCCGUGCCCUGGCGCAGGAGUUCGAGAAGCAGAACGUCCAGACCCUGUUCAUCGAGAGCUCCUGCACGGACGAGAAGAUCAUCGAGGAGAACGUCCGGUCCGUCAAGAUCAGCUCGCCGGACUACGUCGGCUGGGCCCCCGAGGCCGCGGUCAAGGACUACCUCGACCGCAUCAACGCGCGGAUCCCCCAGUUCGAGACGAUGGAGGAGAGCGAGCUCCACUACGUCAAGAUGAUCAACGCCGGCCAGCGGGUCGUGGUCAACAACUGCGCCUUCGGCUACCUCUCCCAGCGGAUCGUCUUCUACCUCCUCAACCUGCACAUCAAGAGCCGGCAGACGUACUUCUGCCGCGCCGGCGUGACCGCCGACGAGGACAGCUACAGGGCCGACGCGGGGCUCAGCGACGAGGGCCGCCGCUACGCCGAGCGGAUGACGGAGGCGAUCCUCGCCCACCGCGAGUCGGAGCGGAAGCAGCGCAUCGACGCCGGGGCCUCCGAGUCGACGGCGCUGAAGCCGCUGACGGUCUGGACGUCGACCCGGCGCCGCGGCGUCGAGACCGCCGACCCGCUCGACCGGGCCGGCUACCGCAUCCGGCAGCGCAGCCAGAUGAGCCAGCUCAACCCGGGCGUGUGCGAGAAGAUGAGCGAGGAGACCCUCCGACAGGUCUACCCCCAGGAAGUGGCGAAACACGAGAUCGACCCCUACCACCACCGGUACCCCCGAGCAGAGUCCUACCACGACCUGGCCGUGCGGCUGGAGCCGAUCAUCCUGGAGCUGGAGCGGGAGCAGAACGACCUGCUGAUCAUCGCGCACGAGUCGGUGCUGCGCGUGCUGUACGGGUACCUGCUCGCCUGCUCGGCCGACGAGAUCCCGACCCUGGACUUCCCCCGCGACGAGAUCAUCGAGAUCAUCCCGGCCUCGUACAACAACCGCGCCAAGCGCAUCCACAUCGACCGCGUCCCCGAGGCCAUCAUCCCCGACCGCCCGCAGCGCGCCUUCUCCGGCUUGGCCGUGGGCGAGGCCGCUCGGGCUGAUGAUGAUGAUGGGGCGGAGGCUGAUGGUGGUGGUGGUGGGGUUUGA